AUGACAGAAUACACCCACGCGCGAUUGUUGGAACGCGAUUCGUUGGUACAGCUGGCAUCUGCGCGCGAGAAUUUGGCCUUCGACGAGACAGGCAAUUCAAUUGAAACUGGAAGUGCCAAAAGUUUUGCGGCUGCGGAAAGAUUUCUGGAGGUUUUGGAAGGUGUGGCCACGGCUUUUGCAUUGGAGCCAGCGUGCCGACAGUAUCGUACCAGCUUUCAAGAGCAUUUUGCUGAUUUAGAAGCUCAGCGGGACUACAGCGUGACUGUCCUGGAAGCUUGCCUAAGCUUGAGACGCAGUGGGGCCAUAUGGGCAAAUGGCCAGAAGUUUGAGCUCAGUCAGGAAGCAGAGACGGCUUGCCUGGCUCUUCACGAGGAAUGGCAGGAUCUUCUUCAGCAGCUUGAUCGCUACCUGACCACAUCGCUAGAACAUGGCCAGAUUCGCGAUCGAGAGAACUUGUGCAAGCUUCUCAGCAGCUUCGAUGAGAAGUGGGCCACUUUUGAGCACUGCUACAUGCUUGAAAUCUUGAAGGUGCAGCACACAGCAAAAGGCCUGGUCUUCAAGGCGAUUGAAGUUGAGCACAUGGUCAGUGAGCUGGAGAAAAAAGCUGACACAGACAUAGAAGACAGCUCAGAAUACCAGGUGCAUGUUCAGGCGCUUGUGGCUUGCACAGCUCGUCUGAAUGUUGCAGCCAACCUCCAGCGCAAGACAUUCGAUGAGCUCACGGUCGAGAUCCGUGAGAAUGCCGUGGCUUUGCUCCGAAUGUGUGCUAUGGACCCUGAGACACCACUCCAAGCCGUCAGGGCCAUUGCUCAGCAGGUGGUACAGUCCUUUGACGAGGUGCGGGACUGCCUGCGGGCAAUGCGGGACAAAGUUGAGCUCAUCAACCCGCAGCUUUCCCAAAAUAGCGACCUGGUUAAUGCUUUGAUGCGCUGGGAGGAAGCCUGGAUAAUUGGUGUACGCUACAUUCAAACUCGGCCUGUACUUGGUGCGUUUUGCAAGAUAUUACCACGGUUGCUGCGUGCCACGCAGAUCUCUAGUAAGUUUGCUUUGAUGUGUGCGAAUUUUGAUGCCGAGCUCUUCUUGGUUCUCCCUCGUAUCGUGUGGCUCUCUUUCCUUGACAGCCCAGAGAGCUUCACUGGAUUGAUUUCCAAUCUGCUCCCGCACCGUUUCGUGCAUGCUCCUGCACACGGCCUGCCUCAAAGGCGAGCUGGGGAUGCGCAAUUGCAGCGCAUUCGGCGACAACAGAGCUUGCCUGCCCUGGGUUGUGAGACGAGCGAGACGGAGUUAGCUGUGUUGGGUGCAGAUCUUCCCCUCAGAGUGCUGCAGAACAAGUAUGUGAAGGUCAAGAUGGCUCUAGAGCAGGGCCUGGAGCGAUAUCAAGCUCAGCUGCCUUCCCAAGCAAGAGUGUGGUCAUUGAUGGUGCAGACUGCAAUAAAUGGGACAGACAACCAAAGUCAGUUUGAUAUCCUGGACCCUUCAGCAAGAGCUACAUCAGCGGCUGCUGUGGAAGCGCUGAUGCACGAGUUGGAAAGUUGGAGCAUGGAGCUUCAGCGCCAUUGUCCAGAGGACUGGAACGAGUGCAUCAAUUUGUUAAUGCAGUGCCUCUUCGAUGAGCAGCAAAAAGAUCAAUGA